AUGGACUUGAAAACUCAGAUUACUUUGCCAUCUUGGAAGAACCUAGAAUUGCACAACAAGAAUCAUCUACAAGUAUCCCUCAGCACGAUUCAUGGAUUGCUCAAACGGAAUUCUCAACUGAACCUCUACUUGAAAAGGGAGGAAGAUGGCUCUCAGUGUCUCAAAUACUAG